CAAGCAAACCGUUCCGUCUGCAAGAAGCCGCGUCUUCUCCGGGCUGCCUCUCCCCCCAAGGGCUUCUCUCUUUGCACCCAAAAUGCUAAACUCCGGGGCCACCGCAAAGGAGGGGAGUCUCAUCUUCUCCUGAUGUGCUUGACUGUAGGUGCCGGAGCCAGAUCGGCUGUGCAUAAAGAUGCUGAACGGUGUUUGGUUGCUCAGUGUGUUAACCGUGGCCGGGAUCCUCCAGACGGAGAGCCGCAAAACUGGCAAAGACAUUUGUAAGAUCCGCUGCGUGUGCGAGGAGAAGGAAAAUGUACUGAAUAUUAAUUGCGAAAACAAAGGCUUUACAACUGUGAGCUUGCUCCAGCCCCCCCAGUACCGGAUCUACCAGCUUUUCCUCAAUGGAAACUUACUGACCAGACUCUAUCCUAAUGAGUUCGUCAAUUACUCCAACGCGGUGACUCUCCAUUUGGGGAACAAUGAGCUGCAAGAGAUCCGAACUGGGGCGUUCAGUGGCCUGAAAACUCUCAAGCGACUCCACCUGAACAACAACAAGCUGGAAGUGUUGAGGGAGGACACGUUCCUGGGCCUAGAGAGCUUGGAGUACCUGCAAGCCGACUACAACUACAUCAAUGCCAUUGAGGCAGGCGCCUUCAGUAAACUGAAUAAGCUUAAGGUCCUGAUUCUCAAUGACAAUCUCCUGCUGUCUCUCCCCAAUAACGUGUUCCGCUUUGUUCUGCUGACCCACUUAGAUCUGAGAGGAAAUCGGCUGAAGAUGAUGCCCUUCGCUGGGGUCCUGGAACACAUUGGAGGGAUCAUGGAAAUUCAGUUAGAGGAAAACCCUUGGAACUGCACUUGCGAUUUGCUUCCGCUAAAGGCUUGGCUCGAUACUAUAACCGUCUUUGUUGGCGAGAUCGUCUGUGAAACUCCUUUUCGGCUGCAUGGGAAAGACGUGACACAGUUGACCAGGCAAGACCUCUGUCCCAGGAAGAGUGCCAGCGAUUCGAAUCAUAAAGGGAACCACCCUUCCUUUUCCGACACCCACAUGCAGAAGCUGUCGCCUACCCUUAAUCCCGCUCUCGCUCCCACCCGGGCUCCCAAAGCCAGCCGGCCCCCCAAAACGAGAAACAGACCAACGCCCAGGGUCACUGUGUCCAAAGACAGGCAGAGCUUUGGACCGAUCAUGGUGUACCAGACCAAGUCACCGGUCCCCCUCACCUGUCCCAGCAGCUGCGUCUGCACCUCCCAGAGCUCCGACAACGGCUUAAACGUCAACUGCCAAGAGAGGAAGUUCACCAAUAUCUCAGCACUUCACCCCAAACCUACCAGUCCAAAGAAACUUUACCUGACAGGGAACUAUUUGCAAACUGUCUACAAAAAUGACCUCGUGGAAUACAGUUCUUUGGAUCUGUUGCAUCUUGGAAACAACCGGAUAGCAGUCAUUCAGGAGGGUGCUUUUACAAACCUAACCAGUUUACGGAGACUUUAUCUGAAUGGGAACUAUCUGGAGAUUCUUCAUCCUUCUAUGUUUGAGGGGCUGCAGAGUUUACAGUAUCUCUAUCUCGAGUAUAACAUCAUUAAAGAGAUCAAGCCCUGUACCUUCGAUGCACUGAUUAAUUUGCAGCUGUUGUUUCUGAACAACAACUUGCUGAGAUCGCUGCCAGAUAACGUGUUUGGUGGCACUGCCCUCACCAGACUGAACCUGAGGAACAACCACUUCGCCCACUUGCCAGUGCAAGGGGUCCUGGACCAGCUCCCAGCGUUUAUCCAGAUCGAUCUGCAGGAAAACCCCUGGGAUUGUACCUGUGACAUUAUGGGACUGAAAGACUGGACAGAGCAUGCAAAUUCCCCUGUUAUCAUCAGCGAGAUCACCUGUGAAUCUCCAGCCAAACAUGCAGGUGAGAUCUUGAAAUUUUUGGGGAGAGAGACUAUCUGUCCGGACAGCCCUGACUUAUCCGAUGCUACCAUCUUAUCCAUGAGUCAUAAUACGGACACCCCGAGAUCCCUCAGCGUGGCGCCCAGCUCGUACCCAGAGCUCCACACAGAAGUCCCACUCUCCGUCUUAAUUUUGGGGCUGCUUGUGGUCUUCAUCUUAUCUGUCUGCUUUGGGGCAGGCUUAUUUGUCUUUGUCCUCAAACGGAGAAAGGGGGUACCCAGUGGGCCCAGUAGCACCAACAACUUAGACAUCAGUUCCUUUCAACUGCAGUAUGGACCUUAUAACGCUGACACUACUGACAAGACCGAAGGCCAUGUCUAUAACUAUAUCCCUCCUCCUGUGGGCCAGAUGUGCCAAAACCCCAUUUACAUGCAGAAGGAAGGUGACCCAGUGGCAUACUACCGAAACCUCCAGGAGUUCAGCUAUGGGAAUCUGGACGCCAAGAAGGAAGGGCCGACCACUCUGGCUUAUACCAUCAGUGCUUCGGACCUGCUGGAAAAGCAAUCCACCCCACGGGAGCCGGAACUACUCUAUCAAAAUAUCGCCGAGAGAGUGAAGGAGCUCCCCAGCGCGGGGGUGGUCCACUAUAACUUUUGCACCUUACCCAAGAGGCAGUUCGCACCCUCCUAUGAAUCCCGACGCCAAAACCAGGACAGACUGAACAAAACUGUUUUAUACGGAACUCCCAGGAAAUACUUUGCAGACCAAUCCAAACCCGAACAUCCUUUACUUCAGGCCAAGCAGCAAACAGAACCAGACUACCUCGAAGUUCUGGAGAAACAAACCGCGAUCAGUCAGCUGUGAAGAAAGGGAAAGAGAAUGAAAGUAGCAAAGGAGGCUGCCUCGGGAUGACAAGAAACAGCUGGGGAUGGCCACAUUCAGUGCAUUGGCUUUGGGUUUUUCGUGGGGGUGGGGGCCAUGAAGUCGGGGGGGGGUCUUUCUUUUCCAGGAAUAACAUGGAAACUUGGAAAAAUCAGUGAGGGAUGGGGCAAAGCAAGCUUCUUGCUCUCAAAAGUUUUCCUCUUAAGUUAUUUCCACUUUUUUUUGGUUGGGGUUUCUUUAUUCUUUUCUCUUUUUUUUUGCAUCCUUAGUAAUUGUCCACUCAAAAUGAAUGUUUCACCAACGGCUUUUCCCCCCUUUUCAUUUUAUUUCUUGCCCUCCCCCCGAUCUGUUCUGUUGUUGUUUCAGGGUGCAGAUGGGGAAUGGGAGACUCUAGGAGGUCCAAAAGGGGCUAGACAAAAAAAAUCGUUUAAAAGAAAUGGAUGCUGAAUGUGUUAUGCUGAAGAUCUCCAAAGAUCUUUUGGGACUGUCACUUCCUUUGUAAAUAAUAAUAUCCAGUAUUUCUCUUUCAGUUCCCACGCAAAGUCACUGGGCGUCACCUCUUGUGUUAAAGUGCCUUUGCACUUUAAGUACAUUACUUAAAUGUUGCUUUUAGCUUUGAUAAAUUGAACCUAUUUUAAUGUGUUGUAUUUUUGAAAGUAAAACAAAAUGUAAAAUAGAUCUAUAUGUCAGCUGCAUUCAAUCAAAGGAGAGUUUGCUUGAUUUAUAGGUAACCAGCCCUUCAUUAAAUGAUUCUAGUUCUAAGACUUGAUAGAUUUCAUUGUAAAAAAGUAUUUCUUUUCUUCUGGGUUUGUUUUAAGUGAUUCAUUGAAGUCAGCUAAGCAGACUUAGUGAUAGACCAGAGGCACUCAAGUGCCUUGGUUGGGCUUACUAUUUCAUUAAUAAAAGGUAUUGAACAUGCUAGCGUAGAGAUUGAACAAUUAAGGUCCUUCCCUAAAUCAUUACCUUGCCAACACUAACAUGGUCAGUAAUGUUCAGUGCUUUUAGAUUAUUUUCCUAAUUAAGAGAACAUUACACUACUUGUAAUAUAUUUUUUCUGCAUUAAAUUAGAUAUUUUUAUACAUUUAAUGAAAGAGUCUGAAUUUCUAACUUUUUAAUUGAAAUUAAUAUUUUUUCUGCCUAUUGAGACAUUUUCUAUAAGCAUACACCAGUAGAGGCCGCCACACACCUCAUUUAAUAAAGACAUAUGAGCCAUUUAAAUACCUUGAAGGAAGACUUCCAAGGUGAAAUUCGAACUUGGGUCUCCAGACUUCCCAAGCAAGUUCUCUGCAGAUUCCAAGACAGCAGAGACAAAUGUCAACAUACCUUCCAAUUCCCUUCCCCACUGACGUUUAGACUUCAGAAUUCUUCUUGGGUUCUCAUAUUUAAAUAGAAAGCAGUGUUUUCCCCUUGAGUUUAUGAAGUCCUCCCAAGUUUAUUGAAGCUUUAAAAGGGGUGCUAUCUGACAAUGUUAUUGCAUCUCCACGUAGGGGAAGAAUGACCGAAAACCAAGAAAUUAAGCAUUGUUUCUCUUUCACCUUUUCUUAGGUUUUACUUGAAUUUUACCUUGUCAUCCGAAGAGAGCAUUUCAUCUUCUUCCCCCCCCCCCCAGUGGGGGCAGGGGAGAGUAUUAAAAUGAGUUUGGUUAACCAAGUAUAUAAAACAUUUAUGAAGCCUUAUUAUUAGCCUGUAAAUAAUUUUUAGCUGCAAACAUGAUUGUGAGAUUUAAACAAACAGCCCUUAUUUACAACAAAAAUAGUUUUGUUUUGUCUAUUGUAAAUCCUUAUGCAACUGGGAUGGUGAUCUGCAUAUAAAGUAGGCCAGCCUUUUCAAUUCCUUAUUAAAGCAAUGGAUGGAGAAUGAAAGAAGCACACUGUUUCCUUUUCAUAAAUAGGUUACUGCACAUAAUAAUCCUUUAUUAUCAUGCAGAGAUUGAAGUGGACUCUGAUGACUUAUUUUUAAAGCUUUAAUAUGACUAAUAGUAUAUUGUCUGCCACUCUGAAGACUUCCCAAGCAAUCGAAUUUCAAUUAUAAAUGACUUAAGUCCGUAUUCUUUUCAUCGAUAUUUUACUAGUGGAAAACAGUUGCCUUUUUCAGAACUGAAAGGAGUCGUGUGUGGACAGAGCUCAGAACAUGCAGUGAAUCGCUUUUAGUUACCAAUGUAGUGACUGAAUACCACCCACCACGACCAGCUCUCCUGUCCAUCCUUUGUUUCAAGAUCAUAAUUUCUAUUCGUGGCCAUUAGAUCAGGGUUAACGGUGGAGGGCAAUGAGAAACUAACUCCAGGAGAGUUGGUCUUCCAAAGGGUCUCCUUUCAGGGGACAGAAGAGAAAGGCUGAACACGGAGGGAUCGCCUGGAAAUCACCUCUGCCCCUUUGGUGUGAGGUGCUGAAAUGUAACAGCUUCUGGCUGGGGGUCACUUCUGGCUGCUGGCCAGAAUGGAGUGGUAGCUAGGACG